AUGCCGAUGUGGGCGCUUGGAAGUGCGGGAGUUGCUGGGUGCUGCUGCUGCACGUUAUGUGGCAUAUUCCUCGCGUAUCGCUGCCUUCGAGCUUUGGCCAGGGCAAUGCCUCCAGAGCCUUUCUCCGGAACGAAGCAGCUCAAGGACAUGAAGGACAUCGAGGCAUCCUAUACUGUCCAGCCUGCAGUUCGGCCAAUGAAGUCGAGGAAACGCACAGUUAACUUCAACGAUGCCGAGCCGGGCUUCAUGCGCCGACUGAGCACCUUCCGCACCAAAUCCAUAGCCACUGACGCGCAGUCUGAGGAAAUGAACGUGGAAGAGACCAAGACCCAUGUCGUCUGGAAUGUGGAUAUGUCGCAGCUCACGACCAUGUUUCCGCAGACCACUUCCAAAAGCGACAGACAAGAGCAGGAUGAGCCAACAAGAUCCCUGCGAGAUGCUUCCAGUCCGAAGCGCAGCAAUUCUCGUGACAUUCAGCACGCCUCUUUCGCGCCUGGCCUGGGCUCUGACGAGCCGUCUGCCGAGAGUCCUUCUCACAGGCAAACGUCGCCGGCAGCGAUCUCAAGACAGCGCUCCGGCACACUGCUUGAUCGCUUCGACCUCGUGGGCCCCACGGAGACAGACAUCACCCUCGAGUGGUCAAAGCUGUGA